CCUAGUCUCCACUCGUUCUUGUAACACCAACAAAGUCGAAGCGAUGCCGUCGGAAGGUGUUGAAGUGUUCUCAAAUCCAUUAGCCCCGCCGUCUUCGUCAGGAUCGUACGGAGGCCAUCAUGGCGGCGGAGUACCAGCAUUGACAAAUGAAGAUUUUCGUAAACUUUUGAUGACCCCACGGUCUGGUGUACCAUCUGUGGCUCCGCCGUCAGCUAAGUCAUCAAGUCACAGCAGCAAGAGCGUGGCAAGCAGUAUCCAUUCUCAUCGUAGUAGCAGGUGAGCUCUAUUGGAUUUGUUGUUCAUAAGAAUAUUGAGCUUAUAUUCAGAUGCAGGUUGUUAGCCAUUUCAUAUGAUAUCCAUGCCCCC